AAAGCAUAUAGAGAACAUGGAAUUAAAAUUUACUGAUUUCUACCAAAAUAAUUAAAAUUAGUACAGAUUAAAGUUCUCAAGAACAACCCCACCCAACACAAACAUCUUCUGCUAAGAAUCUUUCUUUUGCUCUUUUUCCCUUUUUCCAGUCUUCCAUUUUCCCUCCACAACUAUGGCUUCUUUCAGUUGUCCCAAAUAAAGCCACCUUUAAUAUUUGUUUAAAUAAUGCAAAACAAGAAAAAGAAAAAGAGAGAUAAUUUUAUAAAGUGUCGGUUUAUGAAUUUUGAGUGACUCUGAAAUCUCAUCUUCCUUAAUAUGCAAUAAAAUGAAACAUAAAAAAUAGUCCUAGAAUAAAUUUGGAUUGUUUUUUUUUUUUUUGGAAUUCUCCUUAAAAAAAAGUCAGAAAUUUGGAUUAAAGGGUGUUUGUUUUAUUUAUUUAUGGUUGAGAUUUUGAGGUUUUGUUUAGUCACAUAUGAUUGUGGGUUUCUGACAAUUUCCCUUGUUUUCUUCUCUGUUAAGAAGUAAUAUCAGGUGGGCAGUUGGAGUUGUUUUCUGUUGGUGUUUUAUGGAGCUCAAAGAUCAGUGAAUUCUCCAAGCUUUUCCUUACAAAGCUAGUGUAUGGGAAACUCCAAAUAUUGUGCAUAUUCAGAUUGUGUCAACAUUGAGAUUUGAGAACAGAUGGCAAAGGGAUUUAAACAGUCACUAAUCUUGCUUCUACUACUUAUUUCAAUCCGUAUUUCGCUCUCAGUGAAGCUACAGUCAUCACAAGUAGAGGCUCUUUUAAGAAUUCAGUCACUUCUGAACUUCCCUUCUGUUUUAAGCAACUGGAGUAAGAAAACAAAGUUCUGUAACUUGUACCCAUCUCCAUCUGUGACCGUUGUAUGCUAUGGAAAUAAUUUAACUCAACUUCAUAUAAGUGGAGAUAAUAAGGGAGCUCCAAAAUUGCCUCAUAAUUUCUCAAUUGAUUCUUUAGUCACAACACUUGCUAAUUUACCAAGCUUGAAGGUUCUGACUUUGGUUUCACUAGGUUUAUGGGGUUCGUUACCUGGAAAGAUCGAAGAUUUAUCUUCACUUGAGAUGCUUAAUAUAAGCUCAAACUUCUUAGAUGGGAAAAUCCCUGAGGAAAUUUCAUCUCUGACAAACCUUCAAGGUAUUGUACUUGAUGAUAACAUGUUUAGUGGUGAAAUCCCUGAUAUACUUGGUUCAUUUCCUGCUUUGAAUGCUCUGAGUUUGAGGAAUAACUCUUUCGAUGGGUCGUUACCAAAGAGUUUGGGGAAACUGAGUGGUCUCAGAGUUCUGACACUUGCAAAUAAUAAGUUUUCUGGAGAAAUACCUGAUCUUAGGGGACUGAAGAACCUUGAAAAGCUCAACCUGGAGAAUAACUCGCUUGGACCUGAUUUCCCUCAGCUUGAGAACAAAUUGGUGAUACUAAUCUUGAGAAAUAAUAAGUUCAGAUCUGGUAUUCCUGCUGAAAUUGAGUCAUAUUAUCAGCUCAAAAACCUGGACAUUUCUUCAAAUAAAUUCAUGGGACCGUUUCCUACAUCGUUGUUAUCCCUGCCCUCGAUUAACCAUCUGAACAUAGCAGGAAACAAGUUGACAGGAACUCUGUCUAGAAAAGUGUCAUGCAAUUAUGCACUUAAAUUUGUGGACUUGUCAUCCAAUCUGUUGACAGGUGACUUGCCUGAUUGCCUUGAAUCAAAGUCCAAGAAUCAAAUUGUACGUUAUAAAGGGAAUUGCUUAAAUAUGGCAGGUGAUGGUAGCCAGCAUGAAUAUUCCUUCUGCAGAAAUGAAGCAUUGGCUGCUGGGAUUGUAACUUCUAGCAAAAAGCAUGAACAAACAAAGAAAGCUAUCUUAGCUUCAUGCAUUGUCGGUGGAAUAUCAGUGUUGGCUGUGCUUAUUUUUCUGGUUUUGUGGCUGUUUAGACGAGUUUAUGCUAAGAAGAAACUUCAUGCUAAAACACCUAGAGUAAUAUCUGAAAAGGCUGCGACAAAUUACACAUCAUCAAAGCUUCUCACUGACGCAAAAGGAUAUAUAUCACAAACUAUGAAGCUUGGAGCACUUGGGAUUCCAGCAUAUCGGACAUUUUCAUUGGAAGAACUCGAGAUAGCCACAAAUAAGUUUGCUUCAACAGCAUUUAUGGGGGAAGGUUCUCAAGGUCAGAUGUAUAGGGGUCAGCUCAUAGACGGUUCUCUAGUUGCAAUUAGAUGCCUAAAGCUAAAAGAAAAUCACCCAAUUAAACAUUUGAUGCCUCACGUGGAACUAAUAGCUAACCUGAGACACCGCCAUUUAGUCAGUGCAAUUGGUCAUUGUUUCGAGUAUUACUUGGAGGACUCAACUGUUAGCAGUUUGUUCCUCGUAUUUGAAUAUGUACCAAAUGGGACACUAAGGAGUUGGAUCUCAGCUGGGCGUGCCAGAAGAAAGCUUACUUGGUCUCAACGUAUAGCAGCUUCUAUUGGAAUUGCGAAAGGAAUCGAGUUUCUUCAUACAGGGAUCACGCCAGGCAUCUUCUCAAAUAAUCUCAGGAUUACAGAUGUUUUAGUAGACCAGAACCUGUCUGCUAAAAUCAGUAGUUAUAAUCUUCCACUGUUGGCUGAAAAUAUGGGAAUGGUUACACACGGAGCUUCAACAAGGUCGAAAGAGGCUCACACAAGGAUAGAGCACGAAGACAAGAUGGACAUUUAUGACUUUGGUGUAAUAUUACUGGAAAUGAUCAUGGGAAUACAAAUUAAAACAAGGAGUGAGCUCAAUGCUGUAAGAAACCAGGUACAAGCGAGUCUUGAAGCAGAUGAAGCAACUCGAAGGAGCACAGUGGCUGAAGAAAUCCGAAACACUUACUCUGAUGAAUCACUAAAGACUAUGAUGGAAAUAUGCACUAGAUGUUUAUUAAAAGACCCGAGCCUUAGACCAUCCAUUGAAGAUAUAAUGUGGAACUUGCAGUUUGCUAGUCAGGUUCAGGAAGCAUGGCAAGGAGGAGAGUCGCGAUGCAGCAGCAGCAGCACCAGAGGCAGUUCCCCUGCAUCACCUCUUGAACUUCCAAAGUUAAGGUUCACCAUACAUUAACAAGGUGGAAAGGAUAAAGUAUUACUUAACCAUAUAUACUAAGUAGAAAGCAAACAAAUUAGUUUCUUGAAUUGCAUUUCGUUUUGUCAAAAGGUUGUAUCAUAUAUUCAGUGUUGUGCCUCACUCGAAUCUUUGGAAGUGCUAAUCAAAAGAACAAUCAAGUGUGUGUUGACAAAA